AUGGUGGACGUGCUGGGCGGGCGGCUCCUGGUGACCCGGGACGGCCGGGCGGUGGAGGCCGAGGCGGCGCUGCAGAACAAGGUGGUGGCGCUGUACUUCGCGGCCGGCCGGUGCGCGCCGUCUCGCGACUUCACGCCGCUGCUCUGCGACUUCUACACGGCUCUGGUGGACGAGGCGCGGCCGCCCGCGCCCUUCGAGGUGGUCUUCGUGUCGGCCGACGGCAGCGCGCAGGAGAUGCGGGGCUUCAUGAGCGAGCUGCACGGCGCCUGGCUGGCGCUGCCCUUCCACGACCCCUGCCGGCAUGAGCUGAGGACCAGGUACAACAUCACAGCCAUCCCCAAGCUGGUGGUGGUGAAGCAGAAUGGGGAGGUCAUCACUGACAAGGGGCGGAAGCAGAUUCGGGAGCGGGGGCUGGCCUGCUUCCAGAACUGGGUGGAGGCAGCCAGCGUCUUUCAGAACUUCUCAGGUUGA